UGAAAAAGAUUCCUAAUUCUGUUUGUUAGCGGCAUUACCAACUGGUUGAAGCCUGCAUUAUCAUUAAUGUCUGUUUCUAAAACACACACACAAACUCCAUCAUCAUCAUCAUCCAAAAAAUUCCUCCCUUUUCACUGUUAUUUAGUACUACUAAUUUCAGUUUAUUACCAGUUUUUUUAAAGUAAAAGGCAGCAAUAAUGGCUGCCAAUUUUACUCUAAUUCAACUCCCAUCACCCAUUUCUAAGCACCAUUCUUUACAAGCCAAAUCUCAACUUAAAAAAUUUAAACCCAUAAAUCCAUCUUCGCUCCCCUCUUUCCAAAAUGGGAGGUGUAAAUUUGGUGUUAUUUCAUGUGCUUCUUCAAAUGGAAGAGAGCCUGAAUCAGGGGAAGACAAAAAACGAGCUGAAUUGUCUAAUAGAAUUGCUUCUGGAGAAUUUACUGUACAACAAUCUGGUUUUCCAUCUAUAUUGAGGAAUGGUUUGUCAAAAUUAGGGGUUCCAGAUGAAAAUUUGGAAUUUCUGUUCAAGUGGAUUGGUGGGGGGAGUGAUGAUUACCCUAAAAUUCCAGAGGCAAAAGGAGCUAUUAGUGCCAUCAGAAGUGAGGCUUUUUUUAUACCUUUGUAUGAGCUUUAUCUCACUUAUGGUGGAAUUUUUAGAUUAACUUUUGGCCCUAAGUCUUUUCUAAUUGUUUCUGAUCCUGCUAUUGCCAAACAUAUACUAAAGGACAAUUCAAAGGCUUAUUCAAAGGGGAUCUUGGCAGAAAUUCUUGAUUUUGUCAUGGGGAAAGGACUUAUUCCAGCUGAUGGAGAAAUAUGGCGUGUGCGACGACGUGCUAUAGUCCCAGCAUUGCAUCAGAGGUAUGUAGCAGCCAUGAUUAACUUGUUUGGACAAGGAACAGAUAGGCUCUGCAAAAAGCUUGAUGUAGCUGCGUCUGACGGGGAAGAUGUAGAGAUGGAAUCACUUUUCUCCCGUUUGACAUUGGACAUCAUUGGGAAGGCAGUGUUUAAUUAUGACUUUGAUUCACUCACUAAUGAUACUGGAAUAGUUGAGGCUGUUUACACAGUUUUGAGAGAAGCAGAAGAUCGAAGUGUUGCACCAAUUCCAGUGUGGGAGAUUCCAAUUUGGAAAGAUAUCUCACCAAGGCAAAGAAAAGUCUCAGCAGCCCUCAAGUUGAUCAAUGAUAUACUUGAUGAUUUGAUUGCAAUAUGCAAGAGAAUGGUAGACCAAGAAGAGUUACAGUUCCAUGAGGAGUAUAUAAAUGAGCAGGAUCCUAGUAUUCUCCACUUCUUGUUGGCAUCAGGGGAUGAUGUUUCUAGCAAGCAACUUCGCGAUGACUUGAUGACAAUGCUUAUAGCUGGACAUGAAACAUCGGCUGCAGUUUUAACUUGGACAUUUUAUCUUUUAUCCACGGAGCCUAGUGUCUUGUCAAAGCUCCAAAAUGAGGUUGAUACAGUUCUAGGAGAUCGAUUUCCAACAAUAGAAGACAUGAAGAAACUCAAGUACACGACUCGAGUAAUAAAUGAAUCUCUGAGGCUUUAUCCUCAACCGCCUGUUCUGAUUCGACGUUCUUUACAGAAUGACAUUCUCGGAAAGUAUCCCAUAAAAAGUGGUGAAGAUAUAUUUAUUUCUGUUUGGAACCUGCAUCGCAGUCCUCAUUUAUGGGAUGAUGAAGAUAAAUUCAACCCAGAAAGGUGGCCCUUAGACGGUCCAAAUCCAAAUGAGACAAAUCAAAACUUCAGUUACUUGCCCUUCGGUGGAGGUCCACGGAAAUGUGUGGGGGACAUGUUUGCUUCAUUUGAGACUAUAGUGGCAACGGCCAUGCUUGUUCGAAGAUUCAACUUUCAAAUGGCACUUGGUGCACCUCCGGUUAAAAUGACGACAGGAGCAACUAUCCACACAACAGAAGGGUUGAAUAUGACAGUAACACGAAGAAUACAACCGCCGAUAAUGCCUAUAUUGGAUACGCCAGUAGUAAAAGGCGAUGCACCUGCAAGUGUUUCGAGUGGGGAACCUAAGGUUGGUCAGAAAGAAGAAGUUUCUCCUGCACAUUCAUGAUUGCUAUAACUUCCGGUGAUCAAGUCACACAAUCAUCAAGAAAAGGAUAAACAUACAGAGAAAAGAUAAUGGGAAGCAGAAAAUCUAGGAGAAAUCUUUUUCGAAGUUUUUCAAGGUGUUCAAUUUAUAAUUCUUGUUCUUUAGAGUUGUUAGCAAAGCAAUUUGAUUUGAAGGCUAUGUUAUUGCCUUCCUGUUUAUACUUAUAUACAGGCAAAUUCGUCUUCAACCUUGGCUAUACCCCUUGUAUUGUAACAAGCAAGGCAAAAAAACAGCGUAAUAAACUGUUGAAAUCUGUAUAAAUGGGUAAUUUUUCUUUUCCGAACA